AACAGCUGCGCGCGCCCAGAAAAACACAAUCUUCAGUCCAUGAUAACCACCGUCUUCUUCAAGAAAAGACAAUCACCGGUAAAUAGCAAUGGCAAAUAAACUUCAUCAUCACGCAACCUCAUCACAGUCACUAACAAGAUCCAGAUCUCCGGUUCUCCUCUUCACUCUCUCACUCCUCGCUCUCUCACUCCUCUUCUUCAUAUUUUCCCUCUCAUUCUCCUCUCAAAUCAAAUACCCGAACCCUAAUCUCACACUCCGACCCGAAACUUCGUUUGUCGCUUCCCUCGAACACUUCCUCACUGCCAAAGCCCUGCACAAGCCACCGUCAUCUCGUGACGACACGUCAGCAGCAUCCUCUACGGAAGAUGACGUUAAUAAAUUAGACGAUAAGGUUUUUGUUAGAGAGAGUGAGAGAUUGUAUUCGGAUCCUUAUUACCCGCUCCAGUUUCCGAUUAGGGUUUAUGUCUACGAAAUGCCGAGCAAAUUCACUUAUGAUUUACUUUUGCUGUUCAGAAAUAGUUACCGAGAUACUGCUAAUCUCACUUCAAAUGGCAGUCCCGUGCAUCGAUUGAUCGAACAGCAUUCCGUCGAUUAUUGGCUUUGGGCGGAUUUGAUUGCGCCGGAGCAUGAAAGGCUGUUGAAAAGUGUGGUUAGGGUUCAUAAGCAGGAGGAAGCUGACUUGUUUUAUGUGCCUUUCUUUACUACUAUCAGUUUCUUCUUGUUGGAGAAACAACAAUGCAAGGCUCUAUAUAGGGAAGCUUUGAAAUGGGUGACAGAUCAGCCUGCGUGGAAACGAUCUGGAGGGAGGGAUCACAUAUUUCCUAUUCAUCAUCCCUGGUCUUUCAAAUCUGUUCGUAAAUAUGUGAAAAAUGCAACUUGGUUGCUACCAGACAUGGACUCCACAGGCAACUGGUACAAGCCAGGACAAGUGUUUUUGGAGAAAGAUCUAAUUCUUCCUUAUGUUGCGAAUGUUGAUUUAUGUGAUGCCAAGUGUGCAUCAGAGACUGAAUUAAAGAGAACCACCUUGCUUUUCUUUCGUGGGCGGCUUAAAAGAAAUGCAGGUGGGAAGAUUCGAGCUAAACUUGUAGCAGAAUUAAGUGGAGCAGAUGGUGUGGUUGUAGAGGAGGGGACAGCAGGAGAAGGAGGAAAAGCAGCAGCUCAGAUUGGCAUGCGCAAAUCCAUCUUUUGCUUAAGUCCAGCUGGUGAUACUCCGUCGUCUGCCAGAUUAUUUGACGCUAUUGUUAGUGGAUGCAUUCCAGUAAUAGUCAGUGAUGAACUGGAGCUCCCAUUUGAAGGAAUUCUUGAUUAUAGAAAGAUAGCUAUGUUCGUUUCUUCUUCUGAUGCCAUACAACCAGGUUGGCUGUUAAAGUUUCUAAAAGGUGUAAGCCCUGCUCGAAGGAGGGAAAUGCAAAGGAAUCUUGUCAAGUACUCGAGGCAUUUUUUGUAUUCCAAUCCAGCUCAGCCCCUGGGUCCAGAAGACUUGAUGUGGAGAAUGAUGGCUGGCAAAUUGGUGAACAUGAAGCUUCACGUGCGGAGAUCACAGCGCAUGGUUAAAGAGUCAAGGAGCGUAUGUACUUGCGAUUGUAAAGCUGCCAACUUUACAGGUCCCACUACUUUGUAAUUUAAGAAAAAUUGUUAUCUAAAUAGAACAUCGUUCAGCGGUUCAUACUUAUUGGUUUCAUCUCGAAAAAAAAACAUGUAGUCGAAAAAACCUUCCCAUUUGUUAUUAUUAUUUUUAGAAAAAAGGUGUCGUGUGUGGGAAAAACGUUCCACCAUGUUAGAUCUCUCAUUGUCUUGCAGUGAAUAGGCUUGUUCUUUCAA